AGUACAUUUUCUCUCCCUACAUAAUGCAAGAAUAGAAUAAAGUGCGACUAAAAAAGAAGGAAUAAAGUUAAGUGCCUUGCAAAAGGCACAAGAACUUGAGGUACAAGGGGAGCUGAAUGCUCAAUGCUGACCAACAUGGGUUGUUCUUGGAUUGCAAUGUGGAAUGUAUUGUUGAUUUUAUUGGUGUUAUUGAGUUCAUGGGUUUCUUGUGGAACUGCUUCAGUGUCAUAUGAUCAUAAGGCUAUCAUUGUAAAUGGACAAAGAAAAAUCCUCAUUUCUGGAUCCAUUCAUUACCCAAGAAGCACACCUGAGAUGUGGCCAGAUCUUAUUCAGAAGGCAAAAGAAGGAGGAGUGGAUGUGAUACAGACUUAUGUUUUCUGGAAUGGACAUGAGCCUGAAGAAGGGAAGUAUUAUUUUGAAGGGAGGUAUGAUUUAGUGAAGUUCAUUAAAGUGGUGCAAGAAGCAGGACUUUAUGUCCAUCUCAGGAUUGGACCUUAUGCAUGUGCUGAAUGGAAUUUUGGGGGUUUUCCAGUUUGGCUAAAGUAUGUUCCAGGUAUCAGUUUCAGAACAGACAAUGAGCCUUUCAAGGCUGCAAUGCAAAAGUUCACUACCAAGAUUGUUGAAAUGAUAAAGUCAGAACGGUUGUAUGAAUCUCAGGGUGGUCCAAUUAUUCUAUCUCAGAUUGAAAAUGAGUAUGGACCUAUGGAGUGGGAACUAGGUGAACCAGGUAAAGCUUACUCAGAGUGGGCAGCCAAAAUGGCAGUAGAUCUUGGCACAGGUGUCCCUUGGAUCAUGUGCAAGCAAGAUGAUGUCCCUGAUCCUAUAAUUAAUACUUGCAAUGGUUUCUACUGUGACUACUUCUCACCAAAUAAGGCUAAUAAACCCAAGAUGUGGACUGAGGCCUGGACAGCUUGGUUUACUGAAUUUGGAGGUCCAGUUCCUUACCGUCCUGCAGAGGAUAUGGCAUUUGCUGUCGCAAGAUUUAUACAAACAGGAGGCUCCUUUGUCAAUUACUACAUGUAUCAUGGAGGAACAAACUUUGGAAGGACUGCUGGUGGCCCAUUUAUUGCUACUAGUUAUGACUAUGAUGCACCUCUUGAUGAAUUUGGGUUAUUACGGCAACCUAAAUGGGGUCAUUUGAAAGAUCUGCAUAGAGCAAUAAAGCUUUGUGAGCCAGCUUUAGUAUCUGCUGAUCCAAUUGUGACACCCUUGGGAAACUAUCAAGAGGCUCGUGUUUUUAAGUCGGAAUCUGGAGCCUGCGCUGCCUUCCUUGCAAAUUACAACCAGCACUCUUUUGCUAAAGUGGCAUUUGGGAACAUGCAUUAUAACUUGCCACCCUGGUCUAUCAGCAUUCUUCCCGACUGCAAGAACACUGUAUAUAAUACUGCGAGGGUUGGUGCUCAAAGUGCACAGAUGAAGAUGAGUCCAGUCAUUAGAGGAUUCUCUUGGCAGUCAUACAACGAAGACGCAGCAUUGUAUGAAGACAAUACUUACACAGUUGUUGGGUUAUUGGAGCAGAUAAAUACCACAAGAGAUGUAUCUGAUUAUUUGUGGUACAUGACUGACGUCGAGAUUGAUCCAACAGAAGGAUUUUUGAAUAGCGGAAAUUGGCCUUGGCUUACAGUCUUCUCUGCUGGCCAUGCAUUGCAUGUGUUCGUGAAUGGUCAAUUAGCAGGAACUGUGUACGGAAGCUUAGAAAACCCAAAACUAACUUUCAGCAAUGGUAUUAAUCUGAGAGCUGGCGUCAACAAGAUUUCUCUGCUAAGCAUUGCUGUUGGUCUUCCGAAUGUUGGCCCUCAUUUUGAGACAUGGAAUGCUGGUGUUCUUGGACCAGUUUCACUUAGUGGUCUUAACGAGGGGACAAGAGAUUUAACAUGGCAGAAAUGGUGCUACAAGGUUGGUCUAAAAGGAGAAGCCCUGAGUCUUCAUUCGCUCAGCGGUAGCCCAUCUGUUGAGUGGGUUGAGGGCUCUUUAGUGGCUCAGAAACAGCCACUCUCUUGGUAUAAGAGUACAUUCAAUGCUCCAGCUGGAAAUGAGCCUUUGGCUUUAGAUAUGAACACCAUGAGCAAAGGUCAAGUAUGGAUAAAUGGUCAGAGCCUCGGACGCCAUUGGCCUGCAUACAAAUCAUCUGGUAAUUGUACUGCCUGUAACUAUAAAGGCUGGUUUGACGAGAAAAAGUGCCUAAGUAACUGCGGAGAGGGCUCACAAAGAUGGUACCAUGUUCCCCGGUCGUGGCUGCAUCCUACUGGAAAUUUGUUAGUUGUAUUUGAGGAAUGGGGAGGAGAUCCUUAUGGAAUCACUUUAGUCAAAAGAGAAGUAGCAAGUGUUUGCGCUGAUAUAUAUGAGUGGCAACCACAGUUGUUGAAUUGGCAGAGGCUAGCAUCUGGUAAAUUUGACAGACCUCUCCGACCUAAAGCCCAUCUUCGGUGUGCACCUGGUCAGAAGAUUUCUUCAAUCAAAUUUGCAAGCUUUGGAACACCAGAGGGAGUUUGUGGAAGCUUCCAGCAGGGAAGUUGCCAUGCCCGACGCUCAUAUGACGCUUUUGAAAAGAAUUGUGUUGGGCAAGAGUUUUGCUCAGUAAGUGUGACACCAGAGAAUUUCGGAGGUGAUCCAUGUCGAAAUGUAUUGAAGAAACUUUCAGUGGAAGCCAUUUGCAGUUGAUCACCAUGACGGUAUUACUGGUUUUCAGUGAUUUUUCUUAAACACCGCGAUAGAAAUAGUUUGAAUAUUCAACAUUUCUCGAAGAAGCUACUACACAUCCAAAAAUCGGCACCUAUCAUUUUUUGGCUUUGCUGGGGGUGAAGUUGUACAGUUAAGCAACACACCUCUUUGAUCAAAGCUCCCCUGAUUCUGUACAUGUUAGUUACUGAGAUUGGUAUUGGCCUGCUACUGUAAAACAAGAAUUUGAGGUUUGGUCCAAGUGCACAUAGGGAUGAUUAGUGAUGAGUCUAUGUGCAAAAUUUUGUUUGCGUUAGACUUGGUAAGCAUUUCACUUCCAUGAACUUCCAUUGUAUAAUCUAUGUAAGAAAGCAAUUAUUCAUUGCUUUGGACAUUAAUAGUUUAACGAUGUUGCAGUAACAACAGGCUCCUUUUUCUCAUCUUA